AUGAAUCGUCAACGAUUUUUUUAUUCUUCGUUUCCUAUCCUGGAUUCCUUUGUUUCUCACUCUUGCGCCUUCCUCCCCAAGCUAACUCCACUACUUCUUAAACCGCCCCAAAUCUUCGUCAAAUCGUCAUUUCGCAUUUCCCAUCGUCGACCGGAAAUUAUGGAAGAGCAGAAGGCAUCGUCGUGGGGAACUGGCCGGCGGCUGGUGGUCGUCGGAGGCGGCGUUGCUGGUUCAAUGCUCGCCAAAUCCGCCCAAUUCACUGCUGACGUCACCCUCAUCGACCCGAAGGACUACUUCGAGAUCCCAUGGGCAACCUUGAGGAGCACGGUCGAGCCUUCGUUCGCAGAGAGAGCAGUGAUCAAGCAUCGAGACUACUUCACGAAUGGGCGCGUUAUAACUUCCAAUGCAAUCGAUGUCACCGAGAAAGAAGUCAUGACUGAAGAUGGGGAAGCAGUUGGCUACGACUAUCUCGUCAUUGCAACUGGCCACAAGGAUCCUGUUCCCAAAACUAGGAAGGAAAGGAUUGCUCAUUACCAUUCAGAAAAUGAGAAGAUCAAGUCAGCUAGUUCCGUUUUGAUUGUUGGAGGGGGUCCUACGGGUGUUGAACUUGCUGGAGAAAUCGCUGUUGAUUACCCCGAAAAGCAGGUGACACUUGUUCAUAAUGGUCCAAGGCUGCUGGGGUAUAUUGGGCCAAAGGCUGGAGACAAGGCGUUAAGAUGGCUGAAAUCGAGGAAGGUUGAAGUGAAGCUGGAGCAGAGAGUCGAUCUAGACAAUGUGUUGGAUGACGAAGGCAGGAGAACGUAUCGUACCUCAUCCGGGGAAACUAUCCAAGCAGAUUGCCAUUUCUUGUGCACUGUGAAACCGGUAGGCUCGUCCUGGCUCAAGGACACUGUGUUGAAGAGUCACUUGGAUGCUAAGGGAAGGCUGAUGGUUGAUGAGUAUUUGAAGGUCAAGGGCAGAGACAAUGUCUUUGCCAUCGGAGAUAUCACGGACAUUCCUGAGCUCAAACAAGGGUACUUGGCUCAGAACCAUGCUUCAGUAGUUGCGAAAAACCUGAAGGUGACUUUAGAAGGAGGAAAGCCCUGCAGAUUGAGCACUCACAAGCCAGGAGCAGACAUGGCGAUGGUUUCACUGGGCAGGAGGGAAGCUGUGGCACAGUUCCCGUUUGCAACAAUCAGUGGCAUUGUUCCUGGAUUUGUCAAAUCCAGAGACAUGUUUGUAGGGAAAACCAGAAAGGCGAUGGGGCUAGAUCCUAAUGUUGUAGAACAUUGAAGCAUGGGUGUUUUGAUGGUUCGUGUUGUAUGAUGUGUUCUUAGUAGGAUUGGGUCAACCGAACUUACAAAUAAAUUAAGAUUCAAAUUGAAUGUUGUUAUGCAUACGUGACAAUGUGAAUCUUAAUUUGUGCAAUAAACAUCUAUAUAUAUACAUGUUUGCCAAUAAAAUGUAACUUGGGGUGCAAGUAAGGGGGAUAAUGCACCCAGGCCCAGAACUCUGAGGAGGGUG